AUGUCGGGUGCGAGGUCCCAAGCCCCUGGAUCAAGCCGCAUGCGGAUCCGAAAUUUUCCGGCUGCAAUGGACGAGAAGUACGUCACUCAAGUAUGGGAAAUGCUGAAGAAAGCUAUUCAAGAGAUUCAGAGAAAAAAUAAUUCCGGUCUCAGUUUUGAAGAGCUGUAUAGGAACGCAUACACAAUGGUGCUGCAUAAAUACGGCGAAAGGCUAUAUACUGGACUGAAGCAAGUUGUAGAAGACCACUUAAGGAAUUACGUUCGGGUUAAAAUCGUGGAGUCACUGGAUAAAGGAGAUUUUCUGGAAGUCCUCAAUGAAGCAUGGAGUGAUCACACAACUGCUAUGGUGAUGAUACGAGAUAUUUUGAUGUACAUGGAUCGUGUAUAUGUUGAGCAAAACAAAGUUGAGCAGGUGUUUCAUCUUGGAUUGGCAAUCUUUCGUGAACAAGUCCUUUAUCAAGAUUUUAUACAUCUCCAUCUGAGAACGACAAUGUUGUCACUUAUCCAACAAGAGCGGCGGGGUGCCGUUGUGAAUUGGACUGGUAUAAAGAGUGCUUGUCAAAUGUUGGUUGCCCUUGGUAUCCACUCCCAUGAUGUUUACGUUGAUGAAUUCGAGACACCGUUUCUUGUGUCAACAGCUGAAUAUUAUCGAUGCUUGAGCAUCUGCUUCUUGCAGUCAAACAGUGCUAGUUUGUAUGUGAAGAAGGUCGAACAAUGCAUUCGUGAAGAAUCAGAAAGGGCAAAGCGAUACCUGGAUCCACAAACGGAAGGAAAGGUCCUCGAUGUGUUAGAGAAUGUCCUAAUCAAAGAACAUAUGUACACAAUUGUCAAUAUGGAAAAUAGUGGCGUACAUGCGAUGUUGGGCAACGAUGAAUUUGAUCAACUGGCAUCACUUUAUGGUCUUCUUCAACGCGUGGAGAACGGCCUAGCAGUGAUGGCUGAUGCAAUGAGCGGAUAUCUUCGACAAACUGGUACGGCGACAGUUAGAGAAGACUGUGAGAGAACUCCUGUGGUGUUCAUUGAAGAUCUUCUGGAAUUGAAGGAGAGAUUUGAUGAAUUUUUACUGAUGUCUUUCCAACGUGACAAAAUGUUCAAGAAUAGAAUCCAAACCGAGUUUGAGACGUUCAUCAACCUGAACAAAAAUAGUCCUGAAUAUCUAUCGCUGUAUAUGGAUGAAAAACUUCGCAAAGGAUUGAAAUCGGAAAACGACGAAAAUGCCGAGAAACUACUGGAUAAGGCUAUGGUGCUGUUCCGUUUCUUGCAGGAGAAGGACGUCUUUGAAAAAUACUACAAGCAGCACAUGGCGAGACGUCUUCUACUCGAUAAAAGUAUAUCUGACGACAUGGAAAGGAUGAUGAUUAGCAAGCUAAAGGCGGAAUGUGGAUGUCAUUUCACGCUCAAGUUAGAGAAUAUGUUCCGUGACAAGGAAUUAUGGACGACCCAAUUAAACGCUUUCAAGGAGUUCCGAGAAUCGUAUAUACGUGGUGCUGGAUUGAUGGAUAUUUCUGUACGUGUACUGACGGCAGGCAUAUGGCCCACGCAAAGUGUUCCAGUCUGCAUCCUUCCGCCAGCGUGUGAAAUCGCUUUUAAUAACAAUACAAAUAUAAACGAGAGAGAACUUAAACGCAAUCUGCAAUCGCUUGCAAUGGGCAAACCGACCCAGAGAGUUUUGUGCCGAAAAGGAAAAGGAAAAGAUAUUGAUGCUACCGAUGAAUUCUUUGUCAACGAUAACUUUCAAUCAAAAUUAACUCGGAUCAAAGUCCAGCUGGUGACAUUCAAAGGGGAAUGUGAGCCGGAAAAGAAAGAAACUAGAAGCAAGGUAGAAGACGACAGAAAACACGAAAUUGAAGCUGCAAUUGUUCGUGUCAUGAAGUCAAGAAAAGUAUUGCAUCACAAUAAUCUAAUUACAGAGGUCACGCAACAGCUGAAGCAUCGUUUUCUCCCGAACCCGGUUCUCAUCAAGAAGAGGAUAGAAUCCUUGAUUGAACGAGAUUACUUAGCGCGAGAGAUGCUCAAGAUCUCAAAUUGUACAUUACGUUGCGUAAUAUAUGUUAUCGCCAGCAUUAUCGACCUCUUUCUAAUUUCUCUUCAUUUUGAUGCUGACUUUCAGGCGGAAUGUGGAUGUCAUUUCACGCUCAAGUUAGAGAAUAUGUUCCGUGACAAGGAAUUAUGGACGACCCAAUUAAACGCUUUCAAGGAGUUCCGAGAAUCGUAUAUACGUGGUGCUGGAUUGAUGGAUAUUUCUGUACGUGUACUGACGGCAGGCAUAUGGCCCACGCAAAGUGUUCCAGUCUGCAUCCUUCCGCCAGCGUGUGAAAUCGCUUUUAAUAUGUUCAGCAACUUUUACGUAAGCAAACACAAUGGCCGAAAACUUACUCUGAACACUAUGUUGGGUACGGCUGAUGUGAAAGCUGUAUUCUAUGGAAAUGCUGCCUCACAGAAAAAGCCAGGAACUUCCGAGUCAUCAGAAACGCGAAAAGAAGAGAACAAAAUUCUUAUGGUUAAUACUCAUCAAAUGGUCAUACUCAUGUGUUUCAAUAGUCAACCCCGCCUUACCUUUCAAGCCCUUUUGAACAAUACAAAUAUAAACGAGAGAGAACUUAAACGCAAUCUGCAAUCGCUUGCAAUGGGCAAACCGACCCAGAGAGUUUUGUGCCGAAAAGGAAAAGGAAAAGAUAUUGAUGCUACCGAUGAAUUCUUUGUCAACGAUAACUUUCAAUCAAAAUUAACUCGGAUCAAAGUCCAGCUGGUGACAUUCAAAGGGGAAUGUGAGCCGGAAAAGAAAGAAACUAGAAGCAAGGUCACGCAACAGCUGAAGCAUCGUUUUCUCCCGAACCCGGUUCUCAUCAAGAAGAGGAUAGAAUCCUUGAUUGAACGAGAUUACUUAGCGAGAGAUGCUCAAGAUCUCAAAUUGUACAAUUACGUUGCGUAA